UAAAAUAAUUUCUUUAAUUUAAAAAAUGGUUUGACCAUGUUGUCCUCUACUUCUCCACUGUCAUUUCCUCCUUGACCCUAUUGGCCUAUAGUAAUCUGCCUCUCUCUGUUACUGUGUUGAUACUUAAUUAAAUGGCAGGAAUACGGUUGCCUCCCGAAGAAGCGGACCUCACUCAGCAACAGCAAACCCGAGGAGCAGCAGCUGCUGCUCCAGGUGGCAGCGGCGCCGAUCUGGUAUCAGACGAUGAGAGGUCCGUGGCAGCAGAUUCGUGGUCAAUUAAGAGUGACUACGGAAGUACACUAGAUGAUGAUCAACGUCACGCUGAUGCCGCCGAGGCUCUCUCCUCCGCCGCUCACUUCCGUGCUGCUUCUGAUUACAAUUCUGAUAAGGAAGAAGCAGAUGGUGAAGGGGUGACAUCAAUGCUAGGUCUCCAGAGUUAUUGGGAUUCUGCUUAUGCUGAUGAGCUGUCUAACUUUCAUGAGCAUGGCCAUGUUGGUGAAAUUUGGUUUGGGUCUGAUGUCAUGGAUGUUGUUGUUUCUUGGACCAAGAGCUUGUGCAUUAAGAUUUCGCAGGGUCACACUUCAAAUCAUGUGGAUGUUGAACAGGAUGAUAAAUAUUUGUCUAGCUGGAGCGUACUUGACCUUGGAACUGGCAAUGGUUUGCUCCUUCAAGAACUUGAUAAGCAGGGGUUUUCUGAUUUGACUGGUGCUGAUUAUAGUGAACGAGCGAUCGACCUUGCUCGGAAGCUUGCUGAUCGUGAUGGUUUUCCCAACAUCAACUUUUUGGUUGAUGAUGUCCUUGAAACAAAGAUAGAAAGACAAUUCCAGCUUGUCAUGGAUAAAGGGACAUUAGAUGCUAUUGGACUGCAUCCUGAUGGUCCUAUCAAAAGGAUCAUGUACUGGGACUCUGUUUCCAAGUUGGUUGCAUCUGGCGGAAUUCUGGUGAUCACAUCUUGUAACAAUACAAAAGAUGAACUGGUGCAAGAGGUAGAAAAUUUCAACCACAGGACUAAUGUGUCGCACGGGUCAGAUAUCUCUAAGGACCAAGUAUCUAGAGAUCAUCCUGUCUUCCGAUAUUUUGAUCACAUUCAAACAUAUCCAACAUUCAUGUUUGGUGGGUUAGUGGGUUCGCGUGUUGCUACUGUGGCAUUCCGCCGGAGCUGAAAAAUAAAUUUUAUCUUGACAGCAUCAGAAUCAUAUGGUUAGUUGUCUUUUUUGGGGGGGAAAUAUGUCUUUAAGGUGUUCAUGUUCGUGCAUGAUAGAUGUCUUUUCUUCAGAAUAACCUAAUAUUGUGUUUGAAAAUGAAGCAUUUAAUCAAGAUUUUUAUGACAGUUUGACAAAACCAUUUAACUUUCA